UGCGCUUACUUUACACGCUGCCGUUUUGUGCUGGUGCUGCCCCUUCGCGACCGACCCACACAGCCUGAAGGAUUUUCGCGACUCACCGCGACGAGUGCUUAGUGCCGAACGGAAUUUUGGUGACGAUAGGUGUGCUGUUCGAAGUUUUGUUUUGGUUGCUGCCCGGUGUGAAGUGGCGUGAAGUGAACGGUAAUAUCGAGAGACGCGUGGCAGCGUGAUUUUUGAAGGCAGUGGAACAGCUCGCGAAUCCUGUUGGAUCCCAUGGUGUUUGGUGUUCUCAAGCAAGUGAAAUAGUACAAGUGCUCUGAUCAGAAUUGGAAGUACCGAUGAAUGUUAGGAUUGAAUGAUGUGUUGUUAUCAUGCGGAUUAAAGUUAAACUGAAAGAAUUCUGAAGAAUAUUGGAUUUCGCUGUGAAUUUUCCGGGCGCCUAGUUCUACGGCUUGAACUGAUCGAUACAUUCAAGUGUGAAUAAGUUUUCAAACAUCUGCCUAAAUUUUGGAGCUGAACAGUACUUACAGAUAUUCCCGGCCGUCGGCUUCCGCUUACAAGUACGCUCGGCGACGCAGCAGAAGACAUGCCCCAUACCGGUCAAGCAGGUGUCAACCAGCUCGGAGGCGUGUUCGUCAACGGCAGACCACUGCCGGACAUCGUCCGUCGGCGCAUAGUGGAACUGGCACUGAUGGGCGUCCGACCUUGUGACAUUUCCCGCCAGCUUCUGGUAUCCCACGGUUGUGUAUCGAAAAUAUUGACCAGAUUCUACGAGACCGGUUCGAUACGACCGGGAUCGAUCGGGGGCAGCAAAACGAAGCAAGUGGCAACCCCGACGGUGGUGAAGAAAAUUCUCCGCUUCAAGCAGGAAAAUCCGGGCAUGUUCGCUUGGGAAAUCCGAGACCAGCUGCUAGCGCAACGUAUUUGUGACCCCAACACGAUACCCUCGGUCAGCUCCGUGAAUCGGAUAUUGCGGAAUGGAGGCCUCUGGACGGACGAUAUGACAUCAAACGAACAAAUGAUGCGUGAUUCAUCGCACCCGUCCACCUACAUGUCAUCUAAACCUAUGGCCCAUCCACUGUACAACCAAACAAUCGAGCAGCACCACGCUCUUCUCAACCAAUACUGCUACAACAUCGCAUCGGGCAUGUCACCUGAAGGAAAAACCGGUCACCCACAACCAUACAACCCAAGCCAACAUCCUGGUGCUCCUCCGCCGAUCCAGAAGACCGCAGCGGUUAACAUCAUCCAGCACGAGGGUUUAACACCGACGAAAACGGACCCCUCCAAGCAACCGCUUCAGCAGCAGGCUCCGUCUCCAAGUUCACCAAAGGGUGAACCAAAAAGCGAACCAUCCGCUUCGACGUCUAGUCUCGCGGCGACACUUCCACCCCAAAUGGCGUACCUCCCGAAGCAUUGGAUCUGGAACACUAGCUUGUUCUACGCGGCGAAUCGUAAUGUGGCAGCCAGAGCAGAUCCGACCGCAGCGUUCUCAAACGGUUAUUUUGCCUAUGCUAACCCUUUCGCCACAUCCGGUGGAUUUGCCAUUCAACGCGACAGCUAUAGGAACGAUGGUACCAGUUCGAACACCAGCUCUUCGCCGGUUCAAAUUACGGACGUCAAUUCGGAUGAUUCUUCCGAUAAUCACGAUGAUCUGAGGACAAGCAUGUCAAAGAAACGCAACCCUUACUCGAUCGAGGAACUGCUCAAGAAACCCGAAAAACGCCAAAAGCUGGACUCGGUCACUAUCACCUGUGUUUCGGCCCAACAGAACCAUGAGGAUUACCUCUCUCCAUCAGCAUCGCCCUCAAAAUCCGCUUCACCUCCACUUUCCCACUACUCGCUAGCGGCAGGAUCCACCGUUGAGGGUAUCAGUCUUGUCAAAUCCAAACCGGACAGCGAGAACAUUGAAAUUUGUGAUUAAGCAAGCUGCACAUUUCUCUACUUGCCAUAAACUAGUGUCUGUUGAACUAAUUUUGUACGUACUGUUGUUUUAGGAGAAUCUUUUUGUAAAUAUUAACUAACCCAUUUUUCGGAAUAGAAUAGUAGUAGCCACCUUUCCCCUCCAAUAGUGCUAAGUGUAAUUUAUUGGUACAAUUAAAUCAUAGAUACUACAGCUGCUAUAGGUUCAUUCUAAAAGAAGACUUAUGUAAAAAUUAGUGAAUAGCACCAACUGGAAUUAAAACAAAAAAAUAAUUGGAUUGCAGAACAACCCAGUGU